UUAAUCAAAAUGGCACUUUGGAACUGAGCUUCUUCACUCUCUGCCAUGGCGACGGCGCUCCUUCUAAAUCUCUCACUCCAGAAGCUUUGAGUCUUCCGAUUUUCCAGGCAAUUAGUUUUCAUUUCUGCUGUUUCUCUCAACAUGAUUGCAAUUGCACGCAAGAAUCUCUCCUAUUUGUUUAUAAACCCUAAUUCAUUUUUCUGCAAUUCAAAUGUGCUCUGGUUUUCCACUCGGAGUGUGAAAACACUAAUCCCUAGCCGUAAAAUCUGCGAUUUAUUGAUUAAUAAACACCAAUUUUCUCCUGAAUUGGCUUCAUUAGCUUCAUCGCGUUUACCGAAAUAUAGAGAUCCCCAAAGAGCUGAUUUAGUGCUUUCAUUCCUCAAAGAGAAUAGCUUUACGAUUAAUCAGCUGCAGAAACUUGUCAUACAUAAUCCCCGGGUUCUAGGGUUUACUAUUGAGGGUAUUAAAUCCAGAUUGAAGGUGUUCCAUGAGUUGGGGCUUUCUUCCGAGGAGAUUGCCAAGAUGAUUUCUAGUUAUAAGGCGAUUUUAUAUUCAAGUAUGGCGAACAAGAUCAUCCCCAAUUUAUCAACGCUGAAGGGCUUGCUCGGAUCCAAUGAUGGUGUGGCCAGACUUUUGAAGAGAUGCUCCUGGGUUUUGUUAGCCGAUUUGGAGAAAACCUUAAUGCCGAAUGUCGAAAUCUUGAAGAGGUGUAGCGUACCAAUGGAGCGCAUCCUUCACUUUCUCUACAUUCUUCCGAGAAUUUUCUUGGUUAAGUCGGAUACUAUGAUGAAAUCUGUAGAAAAGGCCAUCGAAAUUGGGAUCCCUCACACUACAUUAGCUUUUAUCCAAGCUGUUGGUAUUUUUAAUCAUACAAGCGAAAGGAUGUGGGAAGUCAAGUUGCAAAUUCUCCGUGAUUUGGGAUUUUCUGAUGAAGGUAUAGUCACAAUGUUUAGGAAGCAACCUCAGGUUUUUACAGCAUCUGGACACAAACUGAAGAACAAAAUAGAGUUUCUUCUUGCUACUGGGAAGUUCAGUGCAUCCAGUAUUGUAGCUUGUCCGGUAGCACUUGGCUACAAUAUUGAGAAGCGGCUUGAGCCGCGGAUACAAAUUCUGAGACUUUUGGAGAGUAAGAAUCUGAUUGAAAAGUGGCCUAGCCUUUCAGGAAUUUCUUCGUUUACAGAUUAUAUGUUUUUUGAUAAAUUCAUUAGGCCUUAUUAUGACGAGAUUGGAGAAGAGCGCAUCAUCAUGAAAUUUGUCAAAGGAAAAAAAGAGUAGAAGAUGGAAGCAAAUGCGUGCGGAACUCAAUUUGAAGUAAUAGUAAAUAGGUUAAGUGAAAGGUGAAUAGAUGUUUAGUUUCUUAUUAGGCCUUAUGGCGAUGAGUUUACUAAAGAACACAUCGGAAAGAUGUAUUUCAAGUAGCAAUGUUAAGGGAAACUAAGGAGGUGAGAAUCAUUCUGCUGUUUGGUGGUGUUUCUGCUUUUAUUACAUUCAAGUAUGGGGAACAAGAUCAUUCCCAAUUAAUUGAUGCUCCAGGGCUUGGUGAGAUCUAAUGAUGAUGUGGCCAGACUUGUGAAGAGAUGCCCCCGGUUUUUCUGAAUCAAUUUGGAGAAAACCUUAAUGCCAAAUGUGGAGAUUUUGAAGGGAUGUAGCAUACCAAUGGAGCACAUCCUUCACUUGCUCUACACUCGUCCGACAUGUUUUGUUGCGUUUCUGCUCAAAUUAGUGACAUUGUGUUGCGUCUUCUUGUUCUUUUUCUGAUUGCUCGUCCUGAGAUUAGAAACACAGGUGUUGCUUGUUCUGACAGUAAUUGUGUUUAUUGCCUUGUUAGUGAAGUAUUUCUACUCCUAAUAUUGUGUUAAUCUUGGAUUAACUGUUAUAUAGUAGUAGUAAUUCCUCUUUCUGAAUUGGUUUAUGUUAGUAAUACUAAUCUCUAAUCUUCAUUUGUUGUUAGCUUCUCUAAGUCUCUCUAUGUUAUGGUUAGUGAGUUUUCAAAGUUAUUCCUUUUCUAAACAACACAAGUCUAUCAACCUGGUUGGAGUUUUAUGUACAUAUCUCUUAUUCAUUGAACAUCAUACAAAGAGUGAGAGAUAUGUAAAAGAUUUUUGUGCCAUUUUGUUUAUGAUGUACGGGGCCAUCGUCGCCUCUGACAUCGCACAAGACUCUUUAGUCCAGUGCUGUUCGGGCACCCAACUGUCUUCUAAGAACCAUCCAUUAAUAUCCCACCUCAAUUGAUUUUACAGAGCAAUUGGACAAAGUUUGUACAUAAUCAUUGAUUUGGUCGAGAAAGUAAGGUUACAAGUUACAACUCCAAAAAGCACCGAUUAAAAUGGAUGAAUGACAAUGGGGCCAUUGGACGACCUGUUCGUACACGAAUAGGUGAAGGUUCAGUUUGGAUUUUGUAUCUACGUAGAUGGUUUUUUGAGAAGUAGUUCGAAUUUUAAUACAAAUUUGAUAAAGCAGAGUGACAUAUACAAAAAAUAGUUGAAUUAUUAUAACUACAAAGUACUACAAUUCUAUCUUAUUCAGUUAUUUGUGGACGAGAGUAUAUAAAUUGUGUGAGGCGUCGUUUAUAUUCAAAUUUAUCGUGUGAUAAAAGAGAAAUAAGAAAAUUAUUUAUAUAUAAAUCCCUUUAUUUUUUUAUUGAUUGAAAUUGAAACUGAAACUGAGCUUCUUCACUCUGCCAUGGCGACGGCGCUACUUCAAAAAUCCUAAUUCCAGUAGCUUCGAGUCCCUUGAUUUUGCAUAAAGCUGAAAACACUGAUCCCUAGCCCUGAAAUCUGCGAUGUUUUGGUCAAUAAACACCAAUUUUCUCCUGAAUUGGCUUCACUAGCUACAUCGCAUUUACCUAAAUUUAGAGAUCCCCAAAGAGCUGAUUCAGUGCUUUCAUUCCUUAAAGAGAAUCGCUUUACGACUAUUCAGCUGCAGAAACUUGUCGUAUAUAAUCCUCGGGUUCUAGGUUUACUAUUGAGGAUAUUAAAUCCAGAUUCAAGGUGUUCCAAGAUUUGGGGCUUUCUUCCGUGGAGAUUGUAAGGCGAUUUUACAUUCAAGUAUGGCGAACAAGAUCAUUCCCAAUUUAUUGAUGCUCAAGGGCUUGGUGGGAUCCAAUGAUGAUGUGGCCAGACUUGUGAAGAGAUGCCCCCGGGCUUUUUUAGACGAUUUGGAGAAAACAUUAAUGCCAAAGGUGUAAAUCUUGAAGAAGUGUAGUAUGCCAAUGGAGCGCAUCCUUCACUUGCUCUACAUUCGCCCAAGAACUUUCUUGGUUAAGUCGGAUACUGUGAUGAAAUCUGUUGAAAAGGCCAUUGAAAUUGGAGUGCCUCUCACUUCAAUUGCUUUUGUUUAUGCCGUUGAGGUUUUUAAUUAUACAAGCGAAGGGAUGUGGGAAGUAAAGUUGCAAACACUCCGUGAUUUGGGAUUUUCUGAUAAUGGUAUAGUCUCAAUGUUUAGGAAGCACCAUAUUACUUUUUCAGCAUCUGGAAACAAUUUGAAGAAAAAAAUAGAGUUUCUUCUUGCUACUGGGAAGUUUAAUAUAGCCAGUAUUGUAGCUUGUCUGGCAGCACUUGGGUGCAGUAUCGAGAAGAGGCUUGAGCCACGGAUGCAAAUUUUGAGACUUUUGGAGAGUAGGAAUUUGAUUGAAAAGUAGCCUAGUCUUUCAGUAGUUUCUUCAUUUACGGAUUAUAUGUUUUUUGAUAAAUUCAUUAGGCCUUAUUAUGAUGAGAUUGGCGAAGAGUGCAUCAUCAAGAAAUUUGUCACAGGAAAAAAAAGAGUUGAAGUUGUAAGCAAAUGCUUGCAGAGCAGAGCUCAGUUUGAAGUAAUAGUUAAUAGGUUAAGUAAAAGGUGAAUAGAUGUUUAGUUUCUUAUUAGGCCUUAUGGUGAUGAGAUUACCAAAGAACACAUCACAAAGGUGUAUUUCAAGUAGCAAUGGUUAGGUAAACUAAGGAGGUUAGAACCAUUCUGCUGUUUGGUGGUGUUUCUGCUUUUAUUGCUCAACAUGUCUGGUGGUGUUUCUGCUGAAAGCCGUGACAUUGUGCAGCGUCUUCCUGUUCUUGUCCAGAUUGCUCAUCCUGAGAUUAGAAACUUUGGUGUUGCUUGUUCUGAUCAGUUAUACUUUUGCUGCAUCUUUUCUCAUUUCUUAUGACUGUAAAUUGUGUUUACUGCCUUGUAAGUGAUGUUGAUCCACUCCCAAUAUUAUGUUAAUCUUGGGCUAUUUAGAGUGGGAAAUGCUAAUUCAACUUGCUUUUCUUCUAGAGAGACAUUCUUGCCAUUUGCUUUGAUUAUUAUAGUACCAUGUAGUAUAUGAAACAGUUGAAGUUUUUAUCUAGUGAAAACCUCUUUUUUGGUUCGCGAACUUUGCCAAAGUAUCAUUUUUGGUCCGUAACAUUUCAAAAUAACAUUUGAGUUCCAUAAACUACGAUUUAAUAUCAUCUCAGCUAUUUUUUCGCUGUUUCAAAUUUUUUUAGGCGAAAAUACUCUCAAGGCCAUGAAGGGUAAUUCAGUCUACUCUCUCUUCUUCAUUUAUCUCUUCUCUUUUAUUUUUUUCAUAAAGAAGUACUCCGUAAAUACUGUUUUGAACCUUAUCUUCUAAAACCAUCUUCUUCAUUUCAUUUUUGGGGAUAGGGUUUAGAAGAAGGACGAAUUGAUGGAGAAGCAGACGCAGCAAAUACAACCGCCAGUGGGAGGCAGUGAGAAGGCGAGGAAGAAGAAAAUGCCGAGCCCUCAGGAGCUGGUGACGCACUACGAGAAGCAGGGGAUGUCGACUCAGGAGGCUUCGCUUAAAGUGAUUGGGGAUUUGCAGGGAGCUCUCUUCAGAAUGAUUUCUGCCAAUAACAAACGCGACGAUUCCAAUUCUUCUCCGCAAGUGAUUUCUGCCAAGCUGGACGCCGUCUACGCUCGCGUCGCCCAGCUCGAAACGAAGCUCGAUUACAAGCCCAGUUACCCGCAGGCCCUGGCUCUGGGCGUUGCCUCCGCCUCCUUUUGGAAUGGCGCCCUUGAGCUCUGGAAAAACGUUCGUCGCGCCACCUCUUCCGACCCCUCGACCUAGUUUAUUUCAUUUCUUAGAAAAGGAAUGAUAUCUUCAUUGUCUUAACUCAUGUCUUCUCUAAUGAUGAUCCGCUUUUGCUAUA